UAUAUACUCGAAGUAGUACCUUCAUUAUUAGAAAGCACUUCAUCUCUCAAUAAUCAAAAAAGAAAAAAGUAAGCUCUUCUAGAGAACACUACAAAAAUAUUCAAUAUAUAUAGGAUGUCUGGAUCUAUACUGGUUAGUAGCUCAGAUUCUGUAGAUUUAAAUCUUCUGGAGGCUAUAAGGAUAUACCUCCUUUGUGAUGAAGAUCUCAUCACACGUAUUGACUCUCCAGAUACUUUGAACUUUAGCAACAAUUUCUUUGCUGAUGCUGAUAAUCUGCAUAUUAAAGUGGAGGACUACACCACAGAAGACAUGGCAGUUAUCGAUGGAUGGAGUCCCUCUGACGAGGGCUCUUCAACAAAAGAUUUCACUGAAUUGGAGAGAAGUGAUUACCAGCCGAUUGCGGUGGCGCGUUUGUCGAAUCCGCCGCAAGCGAAGAAUAAGGGGAAUAAAGUUAGCUUUAAGGGAGUGAGGCGGAGACCUUGGGGGAAGUAUGCUGCGGAGAUUAGGGACCCAAAACAGAAGGGGAAGAGGAUUUGGCUGGGAACGUAUGAGAUGCCAGAGGAUGCGGCUUUGGCUUAUGACAAAGCGGCUUUCGAGAUUCGAGGAGCCAAGGCCAAGCUCAAUUUUCCUCACCUUGUUGGAUCGGUGACUAGGGAACCAAUCCGAAUAACCCCAAAGCGACGUUCUCUACAGCCUUCUUCGUUGUCAUCUGAAAAUGGCUCCUUGACUGCGAAGACAAAGAGACAAAAAGUUUGGCUCGCUGGAGAGUACCAAUUUUGAAUGUGAGAUUAAUGAGGAAUUCGAAGUAUGUCAGUUAGGGUUUGAAGAUGCUUGGUUCAGUAAUUGGAAUGAUUUGGUGCACAAACAACAACGCUGAUUUUUGUUUGCCAUAACGAUUCUACUUCGAUUCUGCAAUUGUAAAAAUUAGAAAAUAAUUAAAAAUUGCAAUAUAAUCAUCAAUGGUACACAAGUUAUUAGUGCAAUUAACAUCAGAUGGCAUAUAUAUAUUUAGUUAACACAGAAUAUGUGGAAAUCCAUAAAUCCUCUUUCUACCAACAUUAUGGUACUGUUUAUACUAUGUGAUAUUUGUACUAUGUGGAAGCUGGUCGUUGAGCAAGUAGCAUAUUUAACAAAUGUUAUAGAAUCAUGCUGUCAAUGGUAUCUCAACAAGAGCAAUUCAUAUUGCAAUAAUAAGUCAAAUAACUAGGAUUAGAUGAAAGUAGAAAAUUAUUGUACAAAUAUUUAUUGACGGGGAGAAGAGUUCUUGAUUUUUUUUGUUUUUUUUUUUUUUUUGUUUUUACAUAUAUAUCUAUUCUAUA